AAUUUCCGGACAGGAGUCAAUAAAUACUCGCGAGUAGGGCUCCUUCUCUGAACAGAUCUGCUUCAGCUUCUUCUGCCAUCGAGUCGGACCAGCGCGCAGGUAGACCAACAAAAUACAAGAUGAACUACAACGUGGUUGCCCUUCUGGUGUUAGGCGUCCUGGUGAUGCCCUCCAGCGCUUGGCCGGACUGGUUUGAUCGAGCCAGGGACUUUGUGAGUCAAGCCUGGCAAGGGGCUGACGACAUGUACCAAGCUUACAAUGACAUGCGUGAGGCUAACUACAUAGGUUCAGACAAGUAUUUCCAUGCAAGAGGCAACUACGACGCCGCUCAGAGGGGCCCUGGGGGAGCUUGGGUAGCUGAAGUCAUCAGCAAUGCCCGCGAAGGCUGGCAGGGUGCCAGCGGGCGGGGAGCAGAGGACACCAGAGCCGACCAGGAGGCGAACGAAUGGGGCCGCAGUGGUGGGGAUCCCAACAUAUUCCGCCCGGAAGGACUUCCAGACCGAUAUUAGACUCGAAGAUGAACUGGCCAGCGUGGAUCUCUCUAGUUUUGAGCAGUACAUAUACGGCUUUGUGAUAUUUUAUACAGAAAUCUUGUCGUAGGCCUUUCAAGCUUUUUUGCACACAGACACUGAGAAAGCUUUUUCAUGUGUUCGGCGUUACCUGCGUAUGAACUCUCUGAUUACUUUGACUUAACCUCGUCAUAGAUUUUGUGUUUAUUAAUUAAUUAAUGAGAGACUUUGAGACGUGUGCAUAAGUGCAUACUACUUCUGAGCACGCACAAUGCCACGAAAAAGGACAGGUAUGUUUGAUGCCACCAUCGUCUCAAAGUCUCCCAUUGGAAAGAAACCUUUUGUAGGUGUACACAAAGCAUUGCGUUUUAUUCAGUGAAAUUUGAAAGACUCAGAUCAGGACCAUCAAUUGUUACAGGAGUGACCUGCGGGAAGCUUUCUUGGGAUUAUUUAAGUGUGAAACUUUCUUCAUAAUACCAAAAUUGUGCCUUAUGAAUUAAAAAAAAUACUUAACUUCAAAGGCUGGUUGCGUAUCUCGCCCAAUAACUGUGUUAAGUUAACGUUACCAUGCAAUCUUUCCUCCGUUUAACGAAAUAAAAUUGUGCAUUCCAAAAACGCAA